AUGGGAAACCAGGCUAGCAUCGUCAAUUCCAUGGCAGACAAAAUAUUCCCCAAGCUGCCCGACGAGAGCGGGCAGCCGCAGCAAUCCGCGCAACAGCAUCCGCCUUUAAUCCCCCCCCCAGCCGACAUCCUCACCGGCGCUGCUGCGGCGGCGGCGCAAGCGGCGGCGGCGGCAGCAGCCUCCGUUCCCCCUGUCCCCGCGCUCUCCUCCAUCUCCGCCUCUCUCGCCACCCUCGCGCGCGCCCGCAGCUCUUCCGCCUCCGCAUGGACCAGCAGCGCCGCUGGCGGAACGCCGGACGGCGGGGGGCGCGGCAGCGGCCGGUGGGCAAACGGGAUUGGCGGAGGCGGAGGUUGGGGGGGCGCACUGGGCGCGGGGGCGCUGGGGGGAAUCGGGUACAUCGGGGGAGUGUUCGGGGGCGGGGGAGGAGCGGGCAAGGCGGAGGGGGGAACAACUAUGGGCGGGAAAUUCUGGUCGUCCGCUGCCUCGGCCGCGGCUGCCGCCGUAAAUCACGCCGCAGGCAACGCUGACGGCGCCGGGAGCGGCAGCAACGACGGGGGCAACGCAGGAGGGGACGAGGCGAGCGGGAAGAGCGGCGGCAGCAGCGGGGGCGGGGGCGGGAGCGUGAAGGAAGGGGGGAAGGGGAAAGGUGGAAGCGAGGGCGGGAUGGGCAUUUUGGCGUUUGAGGUGGCGGCGGCAAUGCUGCGCGCAUUGGAGUUGUGGGAGCUGCUGGAUAUCAAACACAUGGGCCCUCUCAAACACACCCUCGCUGCGGAGGGCGUGGUGAAGCUGAUAGCAGGAGACGAUGACUUGAGAUGGAAGCUCGCAGGUCUAGAGCGGGCGCGAGAGCUGGGGGUGCUGGCGCGGAUGGUGUGCAUGCUGGGCAAGCGCUGCAGUGACGUGCGGCUGCACGGCCUGCCACAGCGCCUGGCGGACCUGCAGGCGCAGAGUGCCGGGCCCAACGCACUGCUCUUCCACCCCAAGGAAGAGGCCUUCCUGCUCAAGUAUUUAGAAGAGAUGGUAGCAGCAACGAGCACGUUGCAUCUUGAGAUGACCACCCUAGACAACCUCCUGCCAAGUUCGCACCCGCUGCGGCUGUCACGGAUGGUGCGGGAGGGGCUGGGAAGGUCUGGCAGCCUGGGCGUGGGGGCGCUCUCACAGGACCGCAUUCAGGGCCAGGUGGGCGCAUGGCAGGUGGGCGCAUGGCAGGUGGGCGCAUGGCAGCUUGUGUGCUCCCCCACCAACCCAGCUUGUGUGCUCCCCCACCAACCCAGCUUGUGUGCUCCCCCACCAACCCAGCUUGUGUGCUCCCCCACCAACCCAGCUUGUGUGCUCCCCCACCAACCCAGCUUGUGUGCUCCCCCACCAACCCAGCUUGUGUGCUCCCCCACCAACCCAGCUUGUGUGCUCCCCCACCACCCCAGCUUGUGUGCUCCCCCACCAACCCAGCUUGUGUGCUCCCCCACCAACCCAGCUUGUGUGCUCCCCCACCAACCCAGCUUGUGUGCUCCCCCACCAACCCAGCUUGUGUGCUCCCCCACCAACCCAGCUUGUGUGCUCCCCCACCAACCCAGCUUGUGUGCUCCCCCACCAACCCAGCUUGUGUGCUCCCCCACCAACCCAGCUUGUGUGCUCCCCCACCAACCCAGCUUGUGUGCUCCCCCACCAACCCAGCUUGUGUGCUCCCCCACCAACCCAGCUUGUGUGCUCCCCCACCAACCCAGCUUGUGUGCUCCCCCACCAACCCAGCUUGUGUGCUCCCCCACCAACCCAGCUUGUGUGCUCCCCCACCAACCCAGCUUGUGUGCUCCCCCACCAACCCAGCUUGUGUGCUCCCCCACCAACCCAGCUUGUGUGCUCCCCCACCAACCCAGCUUGUGUGCUCCCCCACCAACCCAGCUUGUGUGCUCCCCCACCAACCCAGCUUGUGUGCUCCCCCACCAACCCAGCUUGUGUGCUCCCCCACCAACCCAGCUUGUGUGCUCCCCCACCAACCCAGCUUGUGUGCUCCCCCACCAACCCAGCUUGUGUGCUCCCCCACCAACCCAGCUUGUGUGCUCCCCCACCAACCCAGCUUGUGUGCUCCCCCACCAACCCAGCUUGUGUGCUCCCCCACCAACCCAGCUUGUGUGCUCCCCCACCAACCCAGCUUGUGUGCUCCCCCACCAACCCAGCUUGUGUGCUCCCCCACCAACCCAGCUUGUGUGCUCCCCCACCAACCCAGCUUGUGUGCUCCCCCACCAACCCAGCUUGUGUGCUCCCCCACCAACCCAGCUUGUGUGCUCCCCCACCAACCCAGCUUGUGUGCUCCCCCACCAACCCAGCUUGUGUGCUCCCCCACCAACCCAGCUUGUGUGCUCCCCCACCAACCCAGCUUGUGUGCUCCCCCACCAACCCAGCUUGUGUGCUCCCCCACCAACCCAGCUUGUGUGCUCCCCCACCAACCCAGCUUGUGUGCUCCCCCACCAACCCAGCUUGUGUGCUCCCCCACCAACCCAGCUUGUGUGCUCCCCCACCAACCCAGCUUGUGUGCUCCCCCACCAACCCAGCUUGUGUGCUCCCCCACCAACCCAGCUUGUGUGCUCCCCCACCAACCCAGCUUGUGUGCUCCCCCACCAACCCAGCUUGUGUGCUCCCCCACCAACCCAGCUUGUGUGCUCCCCCACCAACCCAGCUUGUGUGCUCCCCCACCAACCCAGCUUGCUGCUAGCAGCAGCGGUGGUGAUCCUAUCGCGCCGCCUGCGUCUGCUGUUUGGCUCCCCCGAGGUGGAUGCGCAGCACACGGCGCACACGCUGGGGGAGCGAGGCCUCGCACUGCACUACGCGCACACGCUGCUGCUCGUGGAGCGCAUUGUCAACAAGCCCACCGCGCUGCUGCGCGUGCAGAGGGACGACCUAUACCGGCGGUUACCCGGCAACGUGAAGCACCAGCUGCGCGUGCGGCUCAACCAGCGCACGCGCCCCUUUGACAUCGAGGCAGCGGCGGAGAUCCGGCGCACGUUAGAGUACAUGCUGGGGUGGCUGCUGCCCAUGGCGCACUCCACUAUCACGUGGCAGACGGAGCACAGCUACGGGUGUCAUUUGAGUAAACGCCACCGCACGCUGCAAGUGCAGGUGGGGUUGAUGGGGAGAAACGGGGGGAUGGGGAGGCGUGGAGGGGGGGGAAGGGCUGGGUUUGUCUGGGUGGGUGCGUUGGAGUGGUUGCACUGGGAUGGAGUUGUGGGUGGUUGGGUUUGGGGGGGGAGGUGGUUCAAUUCAAACCGGGGAGUACAUGCUGGGGUGGCUGCUGCCCAUGGCGCAUGCCACUAUAACGUGGCAGACGGAGCACAGCUACGGGUGUCAUUUGCGCAAACGCCACCGCACGCUGCAAGUGCAGUGCAGGUGAGGCUCGGUGUGCGUGCAGGCAGUCCGGUGUGUUUGGUGGGACUACAUAUUAUGCACAUCUCGUACACACCCCUCCCCUCUUCCCCACUCACCCUCCUCUCUCCACUCACCCUCCCCUCCCCACUCACCCUCCCCUCCCCACUCAACCUUCCCUCCCCACUCGCCCUCCCCUCCCCACUCACCCUCCCCUCCCCACUCAACCUGUCCUCCGCCCCCUCAUUGUCCUCCCCCUUCCUGCUGUCCCACCCCUGUCGUCCCUUCCCCAAGACACUGUACUACGCGGACAAGGACCGGUUCGAGGUGUGUCUGGUGGAGCUGCUGGUGGGUUUGAGCUACAUCUCGCGCCCCCCCGGGCUCACCAACCUGCAGCCCGGGGAAGAGGGCCCCUGGCGCCUCUGGCUCACCACUGGCGGACACAUUCCCCCUGUUGGCGCGGAUGGGCGCGUGGGGAAGGACAGGGGGCGCGGGAGGGGGGAGGGGCGGGGAAGAGGGGAGGGGAGAGGGAGAGGGGAUGGGAAGGGGCGAGGGGAGGGGCGAGGGAGAGGUGGGGUUGGGAGGGGGAGAGGGAGAGGGGUGGAGGGGAGAGGGAGAGGGGAGGGGAGAGGGAGGGGGGUGGACGGGAGUGGGAGGGGAGGGGAAGGGAGGGGGAUGGGGGGAGAUGAGCGAGGCCGGAUAAGGGAGGAGAGGGAGUGGGGAGGAGAAGGGAGAGGGGCGAGUAGCAGUGGUGGGGAGAAGAGAGGGGCGCAGGGGGAGGAGAAAGGGGCGGAGGGGAGGGAGGGAGGUGAGAGGCGAGUGGGAGGGAGUGGGACGGGAGGUGGGGGUACUACAGGCGGAAGAAAGGAAGACAGUGGAAACAGUGGUGGUGCUGAUGGUGCCACAAGCGCGGCGGGGCAGGUGGGGUGCGACGGCGAGGGUGGCAGGUCAGGUGUAGAGGGAUCAGCGGAUAGGCCAGGAGGCACUGCUGUGCAGGGAGGGAUGGUGGGAGAGGCAGCAGUGGGGAGGGGAGCAGGGGGAGGGGGGCAAGGUGCAGAGCCAACGCAGCAAGGUGAUAGAGGCGGCGGUGGGGGAGGCGGCGAUGGGGAUGGGGAUGGGCUUGAGGGUAGGAGCAUGGGGUGUGCUGUAGGGGCAGGGGCGUGUGCAGGGGGGGGUGGAGAUGGGGAGAGGGAGGGGCAGGGGUCAGGGGCAGGUGCGGCAUGUGGGGAGGGGGCGGGGAGAGCAGCAGGGGAGGGUGGAGGAGGGGAAGCAGCAGGGGCAGAAGCGAGGGCAUGUGGGGAAGUUGCAGAUCAUGCAACCCCUGGAGGUGAUGCUGCUGCUGCUGAUGCCGAUGCAUGCGCUGAUGGCAAUGCUGGUGACGACGGUGGUUGUGAAAAGCAGCUUGGGGUUAUUGCUGCUGUUGCAGCACUCACAGCACCGACUGCUGAAUUCACUGAAUCAUCUGCAGCAGCAUCAGCACGGGGAGCAGCAUCACAGCAGGGUGCAAGGAGUGGGGAGGCAGAGGAUUUAAGUGUGUCGGAAGGGGAGGGGUUAAAGCGGGAAGGGUUGUCAAGUGGAGUGGGUGGGAAAGAGGCCAGUGCAGGCGGGUUGGGAGGAGAGGGAAGAACUGGUGGUGGCGUGGGGCUUGGGGGGGGUGCUGGAUCACCUCCGAACACACACGGUGUUGGAGGGGAGUGUGGGAAGGAGAGGCAAGGGGGUGGCGCAUCGAGCAAGACUGAGGAGGGAGGCGAUAGGGAUGGGAGUGAGGAGAAGGGUGGCUAG